AAAACUACUCUCAACGCAACGCUAGAAAGAAUGUAAUUAUUCUAAUCGCGUUUUAGUUUCUCAGGUUGGCUUCCCCCUCCACUAUCGCUCUCUCCCUAAUCGCAUCUCCAAUUGUUGUCGUCGGUGAUUAAUUCUCCCUAAUCAAAACCCUAAACGCGUCUUAAAUCAAACUCAAUCAGAGACAAAACAAAGUUGUUGAUUCUGUUGCUAAACAUAGCUCGGUGGACAAACGUUAAAAAAGGCUACAGAUCUUUGAUUCAGGUUUGAACGAAUCGUUUGUAUUGUAUGAUACGAUGAUGAUGAUGAUCGUGUCUGUUCCACAAGUUGAAAGCAGAUUGAAGGGGAGUAAAACAGGAACAGAGCAACCUGCAGAAUUACUCAAUCGAGGUGUCAUAAACUUGAUGUAUUUGUGUCUCCAAUCUCUUUGAACUGUGAGAGAACAGCCAUGGACAGACGCACGAACACCUCCAGGCCAGUGGCAUUGUCUUCCCCUUCUAUCACUGCCACCACCACCACCACCAUAACAAUUUUGAACUCUGAGCCAUCAUCCUCUUCAUCCCAGCAGGAACAACAGCAACCAGAAGUCCUCUUCCUCCCACUCAAUCGCAAGAAGAAGAAGGUUUCUUGGAAAGAGGGCACUGUAGACAACGAGUUCAUGCAGAAAAAGAGUUCCAAGAAGUGCUGUAUCUUCCAUAAACAAAAGCCCUUUGAUGAAGAUGAUAGUGAUGAAGAUGAACAUCACUCUGAUGAACACCCUCACGAUAGUGGGUUUUGCUGUAAGAAUUAUGAUGAAGCUGGCCCAAGCAGUUAGGGAUCUGAUUGAGCUGAGAGGUGACUAAUAAACCGAAAAAUGGCAUAUAUUUUGUAGGGUAAAUGAUUCAAGAAACCAUUGAACUUGAGUUUGUAAGUCAGGAAAUAUUUAAUUUCUGUUGCAAGUAUAAAAUCACGACAUUGGAAAUAGAGGGUUCAGUUGUGACUA